UCCGGUUUCCCGAGCGCGGACGCGUUCUCCUGCUCUCGCGAGAGGUGGGAAACGGCGCAGGGUUUGAAACAUGGCGGACGACGUGGACCAGCAACAAACUACCAACACUGUAGAGGAGCCGCUGGAUCUCAUCAGGCUCAGCCUGGAUGAACGAAUUUACGUGAAAAUGAGAAACGACCGAGAGCUUCGCGGCAGAUUGCACGCUUACGAUCAGCAUUUAAAUAUGAUACUGGGAGAUGUGGAAGAAACGGUGACUACCAUAGAAAUUGAUGAAGAAACGUAUGAAGAGAUCUAUAAAUCAACCAAACGGAACAUCCCGAUGCUCUUUGUCCGGGGAGACGGUGUCGUCCUGGUCGCCCCUCCGCUGAGAGUCGGCUAAAACAGAGUUGACCCCAGGUAGCAAUAGGAGACUUUAUACAACUGCCUCAUUAGAGGGACGGGACAUUCACGGAGAAAUUAGCAUACAGUUUGAUACGAGAAGUGCCCCCAAGGAUUCUCCACUCCUGAAAUGAGUUCAUUUGCAAGUAACUUAGAACUGCUUAAGCUGAGUGGUGGUUUCAUUUCUCCCCAGCCCUGCCCAGCAGUGUGGUCACCAAGGCGUAGAACUCUUCCUGGGAUUGGUUUGCUCCAUUGUAUUCAUGUAGACAGUGCCUGGGUCUGUUUUGUUUUGUUUCGUUUUUCCUUUAAAUUAAAUUGGAUAUUUCCUUUUUGAC